AUAAAAGCAAUAUUUUUGGGUGAAUUUUAUUAGAAUUAAAUAAUUUCAGGUUAAAUUCAAUUGAGGUAUAUUGAAGUGGUUAAAAUUCAUAGCACAAGUACAAGGAAAUUGAUAAGAAAGGAAAAUAGAAGGGGAAGCGCUACAUAAAUUCAUACACAAGUUUAGAGUGUUUGAAACAGUCAACCAUGUUGAAGUUAAAAGUAUUUGUCGUAUUUCUUCUUGCGGUAAUCAUUGAAGCUGGACCAGCUGUUUAUAACCAACCGGUGUUGUUGUCUUCUUUAGAUCCACAAUGGCACUUGAUUCCGGUAGAACAUAAAGCGUCCGGUGUCCAUAUUUACGAUGAUGAACCAAAUCGCUACGGCGAAGAGCAAGAAGCCGCGGAAAAAGAGUCGCUUUACGAUCAAAUAUACGGGUGGACUUUGAAGCCCAUUCUGGACUGGACGGAUUGGAUGUUAAGCCCAGUAAUGUCUAUGUACGAAAAAACAAUGAAUUUAAUGGGAUUUAGGAAGAAAUCGAAAAAAAUGGACGACGAUGGUGACGCAGCACCCAGAUCUCGCCGCAAACGUGGAGUUGUUGGGUCAGUUGCUAAUACGGCUGUAAAUACUGUUCAUUUACCAUUAUCAUUUAUUUAUGACAUUGCAUUAGCGCCAUUUCGAUUAAUAAGACGUAUAUUUAGUUUUAUAACGGCACCAUUUCGUGUCGUUUAUAAUAAAAUAGGAAGUUUAAUACUACCAUCAUCAUUUCGAAACAAUUCACAAAGUCCGAAUGAUGUAUUGGCAUUAUUAUCAAAUACAGGGUCAACAACAACUGACAACCAAGAACUGUGGAAUCAUAUGAUGAAAAAUAUGGGCAAAGUCGCUAAACGUAAUGCUGUUAAAAUGGUUAAUAUGGGAUGGGAUUAUACUAAAGCGGACAUUCUGCCGUCUCUUGAUUCAUUAAUUGAAAAAUACGGUGAAUCUGAUUUCUUGCCAGCAGACUUUAGAAAAAUGCUUAAAAAUUUCCGUAGAAUUUAUCAAAUUACACAUAUGUUAAAUAUUAUAUAAAAUUGUUUUUUAAAUUUUUUCUUGUUGUAAUGCAUAUCCGAAUUAUAUAUUUAUUUGUUCCCAUCUGUUAAUAAAAAAAUUCAAAUAUUGCUAUUUAACCU